UCCCAGACGAUCAUCGCCACUAAGCUGACACUGAACUAACCCCCGUCGGCUGCUGUGUACUGUGGUUAACAGCUCUCGCAAUAAUAAAACUAGAGGGUUACCUAUACGAUUAAUUCUCGACAGAAGCUAUGCGACGGAAUCACUCGCUGACCACCAUCGAAUAUGUAAAGUUGGAGAUCACGAUCGGCCAGCACAAUAUAUGAUAAUUGAGCAGAAAAUUUCCUUCAAAAUCCGCAAAACUUGUUUUCUACCGACAGAAUGGUCUCAAGCUGGCACCUUGCCCCGGCAGGCUACCCCGUUAUUGCGGGAGUUCUAUGUGUAAUGGCUAUAAUUUUCAAUAUUUGCGCCGUAUCCCAGGGUUGGCGAGAGAUAAUAGACCCCGACGGAAGUGCAACCAUUAUAGAUCAGCCGGCUUGGGCUGUCGCGCUCAAGGCUGUGUCAUUGGCUUCGGCUGUGGUUGCCUACAUCGUACUUCUGUUUACUAUGAUGUCCAAACGCGAUCCAGUCAAGGGGUUUAUCAUAACAGUACUUUGCUGGUGUGUCUCGGCUGCGAUCCUGUUUGUUAUCAUCGGCAUUAUACCUGGAGAACACCCAAAUUUCGCCGCUCAGACGACGCUACAGUAUACGCAAAAUUUCUUCUAUGGGAUAUUUGCUGCGGGCCUAUACAUUCUAAUAGCCGUGCUCUUGGGAAUAUAUGCAGGCAAUAUGCACUCUAUUCAUCUAACUCCUGAGGAAAGACGGGUAUGUGAAAAUACAAGCAUCAUCCUGCGGGCGACUGCUUUUGGUGCCUUUCUGAUUGGGGGCGCUGCUGUCUACUCGACCGUUGAAGGUUGGAGUUUCAUGGAUGCAUUGUACUGGGCUGACUAUACUCUCCUGACGGUUGGAAUCGGAAACAUUGUCCCGAACACUCACCUUGGACGAAGCCUAUUAUAUCCAUACGCCUCUGCGGGGAUCAUGACUAUAGGUCUGGUCAUCAGCUCGAUAACAUCGUUCACAGAUAAUAUGAGAGAACUACGCAUCAAAAUCAAGAUGGAAAGAGUGCACAGUGGCUUGCACCGGCGCCAAACUAUCAAUGAUUCUCCGGUCGACAGCCGCAACGAUAGAGAAAGUCCACUACUACAAUUACCAGCCAAUCCUUGGUAUCCAAACAAGGCUGACUUGUGGAAAGCGCAACGUAUCAAGCGCGACUUCUACAGAAGACGGCGAUGGAUGACUUUGAUUCUCUCGGUGACAGCAUGGUUCUUUCUCUGGCUAGUGAGUGCUGCUAUUUUUGGGCGCUCCGAGAGAAGCCAAAAUUGGACAUAUUUUGAAUCUCUCUACUUCACAUACACGUCACUUACAACCAUCGGCUACGGAGAUCUAUACCCAACCAGCAAUUUUGGAAAAACAUAUUUUGUAUUCUGGUCCCUUCUUGCCGUUCCUGUGCUGACAAAGCUUGUUGGUGCCAUGACAGAGCUGGGAUUUGAGAAGGUAAGGUGUUUGUUUCUCUAUUUGAAGGACCUUGCAACUUCCAGUCUGUGUCUGCGGCGGUCUACGCAAGGCAGAUUGAAACAAGAGGCUACCGGUGAAGCGUGGAGAAAGAUGUCGGUCACAGACCCAGAGUCGCAAGGCCCAGUCAAUAGCAGCAACAACCUUGGGAGAGUGCCCGCUAAUGUCAGGCGGAACGAUAUACAAGGAAUCAGUUCAGCUGUUUAUAAGAACGAUUGUUGCGAACCUCUUGUUCAAGCUGCUCAGCGCUCCUUGUUGCUUGGCGAAGAAAUUGGCAAACUCAUAUCUAUUCUUCAAAGUGCGUCUGCUACGCAAAUGGAUCUGCUCGGUGAGUGGAACAAGAUCCUGUCAAUGCUCCAUCCUGAAAGCGAUGAGGAGCGUGACUCAUGGGAAAUCGCGUCUGCUGCAACCGCGUCUGCUGCAACCUCGCACGACCAUGCACAUAUUGAAAUGGAAUCUCUACGCUCCAACAGACCGGAUACAGACAAAAAUAGAGAAAUCUUGUGGAUGCUUAAAUUCUUGGCUGACAAAGUUUGUUCGCACUUACGGGACGGGCUGUACAGAGAUCAAAGCCAGAUGUUGAACACACUAUCUUGAGUAUGCUACAAGAUGUACAAAUAUUCUCAAUCCAUG